AUUACGUCAGCGGAAGUGUUGCGAUCUCUACAAGGCUAAGGUCACAGUAGGUUUUGUUUUGUAAUGUUUUGAGAAGCUUCACGAUAAUGGAGUCAACAAACACAGAGGAAAUGCACCUGAGGCACGUGGAGAAGGAUAUCCUUAUCCCAAACAUUAUGAAGAAGAAAGCCAAGGUGCUGUGUGCAGACAGAGUUGAAGCCUUCUCCCAUUGCUGUAAAGAAUCUGGUUUACUCAUGACGUUUAAGUGUCGAAAGGAAAACUCAGCCAUGCAGGAUUGUCUGGUAAAACACUACCAGGAUCCUGCAUUUGUUGAAGAGUGCAAGCAGCUUUACAUUCAAGAGAAACUGGAAUUUCAGAGGACGGGAAUCCCGGCUAAGAAAAGGAAACAGAGCCUUCCAGUUAGCAUGUAAUAUUAAUGUAAUGCUAACGAUGGGAUGUGUGUUUCAGGUGUCCACAUGCAGACACAAGCUCACCCAGGUUAAGCUGGGGAUCAGUACAGCCACGUUUAUUUCUCAAAAAAACUACAAGACUGUGUUUUACACGAAUCUGUGAAAGGACCGACAUUAGCUUGGUGCAGAAGAAUUAUUAGUAAUUAAAAUGAUUAUGUAAUGUUCAGGCCAAGUGCAAAACAGUAAUGGUCCAAAAUUGCUGCAUUAAAUAUAUUUUCAUUUUGCUUUAAUAAAAAGAAAUCAGUAGAAAGUUAAAUCUGAACCAUAUCAGCAGGAGUGCUAAAGUAUUUCCAUUUUUAAAACAAAGCUCAUCUUAUUAUCAGAUGUUAUUGACAGUACAAUGAAGUUCUGGUUAGUUAGGAUAUAUGUUUAUAGUGAAGAAAGAAAAAUACAUUUUUCUUUAAAGACUUUAGGAUGUCAGAUCUGUAUAAACUGAGUCUGUUGACAACACCUUAUGCCCAUCAGAAAACAGCUGGCUGUGACCUCCAGUGUUUUAAAACACAUUGAUUUCAUUACUUGUCCUGGUCAUUUGUCUAUACAUCCCUCAUCUCCUGGGUUUUUUUCUCUCUCUUUAACUCAUUGCAAAUGAAGUUUGACCACAACAUGUGUAAUGAUCCCCCAAAACAACUGACCUAAUGUCAGAUUGAAUGACUUGUUUGAUGUGUAAAAAUAAAAAGAAAUGAACGUG